GACAGGCAGGGCAUCGAAACUGAUUUCAGAUCGGUGUGUGUUUGACAGAGAGGGGUCUGGGGUCUCCGCUUGAGCAGCUCUGAGAACAGAUAUGAACGCUGCGCGUGCGCACGUUUACAGAUGCGGACCAUUGUAACAUCAAUACAGAAACUAAACUUAUGGAGGAGUCCGAGACGAGGAAGUCUGUAAGAUGGAAAGAGACGACCAGAAUAACUCCGACCGAAGAGGACAUCAUUACGUCUUACCUAACAGUCUCCGAUGAGAAUCAGAACAAACUGCAGGAGGCAGAGGCUAUGGACUUGCAAGCGGUUAAACUCGACUUAGAGAACAGGAACCCAGAGGAGAGCUCUCCAACAAACACCAAGAGCCAUAGCUGCUCUUUAGAUCAUGAUAGCGGAGGGCUACUUCCUUGAAAAGGACUAUCAGUGGGCAGUGGAGUUUCUUCAUCUGGAGAAGCUGUAUCAUGAAAGACUGCUGUCUAAUCUGGCCUCCAUACAAGAGAAAUGGGAGUCCCAGAGGACAAUCAGCGUCCAAACUGAAAGUAACCCGAAUGGAACUGACAGAGAGAGAGAGCAUAUGGAACUGUUGAGUCAUAUCUGCAAAACACACCAGAGACCUAACCUCUCUUUGGAAAAGAACAUGGACGACAUAAAACUACACAACUGCCCAAGCCUCGUGUCAAAACACAGAAAAUCAAAACAAGAACAAGCUUCAGUGAACUCGACCGAGAGAGAGAACCGGGCGGAGGACUGCUCAUGGCCAGAAGCUGAACAGGAGCCAGAAGAGGACUGUGAAUUGAAUGAGGAGGAGGAGGAGGAAGAAGAAGAGGACGAGGAAGGUCUUGAGGAGGAUGAGUGCUGGAAUGACGAGCUCCAGGAUGACACAGUCGUUGACGGCCAGGUUCCUGCGGAUGAGCUGGCCAGCCUUAUUCAGGUAGAAGAGAGGUUUCCCUCAGACGGCUUAGUGUCUAUUUUAAAGAAGAGAGUCUGCGCCAGGGAAACAGAGAAAGACUCGCUGCUAAAAGACUCAACCAAACGCAGAGUCCGCUUUAGAGAGCCAGGCGAUGCUUUCGAUCAAGAUGAGUCGGCCAGAAACUCUUGCCUCAUCCUUCUCGUCUUGUGUCUGGUUACUGUGGUGAUUAGCAUGGGUGGGACUGCUCUUUAUUGUCUCGUUGGAGGGGCGUACUCAAACGUGUGUGCUGACUUCUCGCAAAACGUGGACUUUUACUUUGGACCUGUACGACGAGGAAUGGACGCUCUCGCACAGUGGCUCUCUUCUGAUGCAUCAUAGCAGCUAUUUUAUGCAGUGGAACUAUUUCUUCAUAUUAUCAUUUCCAAUGAUUAACAACAGUAUUCCUCUUGAGAUAAUAUGCACUAAUGUACAUUACCAGACGGGCCUUAAUAAAUGUUGCUUUAGUGAGUCACACAGGGCUUCCUAAUGCAUAAAUACAUUUGUAUAAUGUAUUUAAUAUUGGUACAAAAACAGGUUAUUACAGAUAAUCCUUAUAUAACACUAAUUAUAGAUAAUCUUAAUAUACUGUACCACUGCCAUUCUUUGAAU